AUGUCUCGCCGCACAAAGAACAGUAUGUCUACGCUUUCAGAAGCUGAUGUUGAAAACUUUGUGGCGGAAUUGUCCAGCACAGAUAACGAUAAAGAACACGUUUGCCCAACAGAGAUGUCUGACCAUAAAAACGAGGAUGACAGCGAAACAAGUCAGCGAAAAUUGAACGAGCACAUGGUCAAUGUUAUCGACGAAACCGAAGGAAAAGCUGAAGCCGAAGUAAACACGAAGCGUUUAAACAGCGAUGUAUACAAGAGCUACGAAGAAGAAAUAGCCAAAAUAAUGACAAUAAUAAAUCAUAUGAAAUCAAAACAUGAUGAAGAUAAUCGAAAUGCCAUCGCACGAGAGUUAGCCUCGGAAGCAAAAAUAAAAACAUUGCAAGAUGUCAACAACACAAUGGCGGCUGAAAUUGCAUACCUAAAUCACACAGUGUCAGAACUUACCACUGACAAUGGGAAUAUAAAAAUAAUUCUUGACAUCAAACAGAAUGAAUGGGUAAAAGCGUCGGGAAAACCUAGUACUCCAAAGGAAAAUGGAAAGAAAUUGCCCAGCACCAAAACAUUAAACAGUUUUGAAGUCCUAGUUGAUGAAAAUGAUGAAAAUAUAUCAUCGUCUGAAUUAGCUUCAACCGAGAAAUCGAAGGAUAACAUCAACAGCCAAAUCUUGGACUACCGAUCAACGAAUAACUCAAAAUUCCAAAAUCUGAAAACGAAUCAGAAGAGCCAAGCACAUGGUCAUAUUAAUAAAAAGAAGAACCAAGUCCUUUCUCAGAA